UCGCUAUUCAGUCAUCCUUCAUUGUCCUCGUCAACAAGUAUCAGCAACCAUUUUUCUCCUUUUCCGCCUACUUCUUCCUCGCUUGCUCCGCCGAUUGCGCAUUCUUCUUCCCCUUUCCCGUCACCAGACCAUUUUGCCGCUUUCUUUACAGAUCAUACAACAUACCUUACCCAGGAUCAAUACCCUCUUUCUACAGGACAGGAUAUCCUAGACCUGUCCUCACAGAGUUGGGAACUUUACGACGACCCGUUGCAAGCACUGCUUUCUACUGGGGAACUCAAUCUAAGCAAUUCCCAGAGUCAGAUCCUUACACCAUCCAUCGAUCAUAGUCCCAUUCAAACGCCAGUGUCUAAGGACGGCUCCUUACACUCCAUGAAAGACUCUGAUUCAUGCCUCCUUGAUAUCCACCUAGCCGGCGAUGCCGGGGACUCUUUUCGUGAUGUGAAUAGUGUCCCAACAGUAACAACAAGGAAUUCGUCCCGUACUCCACUGUCAAGACCCGAAUUUUCGAGCACCACUGUCCCCGAAAUUGGUCUCAGCCCCGAAUCAUCUUCAAGCUCAACCACCAAGUCAAGCAGCAACCGUAAACGGCCACGUGUAGAUGAUGAUAGUCGUUCUACAGAGGAAAUCGCCAACGAGAAACGGCACCGUAAUACCAUGGCUGCUCGCAGAUUUCGCAAAAGAAAGGAAGAUCGAAUCUGUAGCCUAGAGAAACAGCUGGCGGAUGCCCUCAGGGAACGGGACGAACUCAAACUUCAGGUCGCAAGGCUUGAAGGACAAAACAUGAUGUUACGAACUUGUCAGGACAACAAGCGGUGA